CGGGAUACACCGAGGAACUCGAAUCUUCGCUGUCCAGCCGGGGAGGGGGUACAAUGACAGCUUCGUACGUAAUUCGAAGAAUAUCACUGAUUGCUGCAGGGAUAGCGUCAGCGAUCAUGUUGCUGGGGACGAGUGGAAUGGGGCAUCGCGAGUCCAGCCCACGACGGCGUCUGGCAACUGCUGCUCGAGGAGGAGUGCCUGCGUUGUUUAUCAUGGGAGAUUCCACCGUGGACGUGGGCAACAACAACAAUCUGAUAACUCUGGCGCAGGCGACCUUUCCUCCAUACGGUCAGGACUUCGAUACCCAUGAGCCGACGGGACGCUUCAGCAACGGCCGUCUGGCUGUUGACUAUCUGGCAUCAUAUCUGGAUAUGCCCUUGAUUCCGGCUUACCUCUUGAUGAACUCAACGUCGGAUAUUUCCAAGGGUGUCAACUUUGCCUCGGCUGGAUCUGGCAUUCUCAAUGAUACUGGGACCAUCUUUGGAGAGUAUGUGUCCCUUUCGCAGCAGCUGGAGCAGUUUUCGAUUGUGAAGCAACGCUUGAAUGAGGAAUUGGGGGCCACAGCUGCCUCGAGGCUGGUCGCGGGUUCUAUAUACUACAUUUCAACAGGAAGCAACGACUUUAUAAAUAAUUACCUCUUGCCUGGAAAUCCUCACUUGGAUAUUUUCCCCGAUGGAUAUGAAAGACUGCUCGUUUCAUCUUUCAGCGACCUCAUCAAGAAACUGUACAGAGUGGGAGCGAGGAAGAUUGUGAUAACUUCCCUGUCACCUUUGGGCUGCAUACCUUCAAUCCUGUUCAAGAUGGGUAGCAGGCAGGGGGAAUGUAUAGGGCAAGUCAACCAGCUGGUGGUGCAAUAUAAUAUUUUACUCCAGAAAGAACUUCGCUCGCUGCGAAAACAUUUGCACGGAGUCAAGCUGGUCUACAAUGACGCCUAUCAUGUCUUCCUCGACAUAGCCUCUAACGCUACUUCCUAUGGAUUGGGUUCCAUCGACCAGUCUUGCUGUGGAGCGGGUCCUUAUGGAGGCCUGAAGACGUGUUCCCGAGGUUUUAAACCCUGCGAGAGCCCCAAGGCUUAUUUCUUUUGGGAUGAGUAUCAUCCAACGUCCGCUGUGUAUGAAUUGAUGGCGCAGAGAUUCUGGUCUGGCUCGGUCAAGGCAAGUUCUCCCUGGAAUAUCCGGACUUUGGCUCAAAUGUAGGCAACUGCAGUUGAUGACCGCCGUGCAAUUCUUCAAGUGCAAGUUCGAUUCUGCAAUUUUUUUCUUUGUGAUCAGAACGUGAAGACCGCAUGAGCCUUGAAUGCAGCUAUUUUCGUUGGGAGUCAAUCCUUGACAUCUUCUGGCUGUGGCGGCUGCCUUUUGACAAUGCUCAUUGCUUCGAUGUCAACGAGACGGGAUGUAAUCUUUCGGUAAUCUAGGGGUUUAGAACUGUUGAUCUUCAGUUCGAUUGCUUCCAAAGUACUCGGAGUUUCCGGUUAUCAGAACUUUACGAAAAUUGCGGCAGAUGUUAGUGCUGAAAUCCAAAAUUCCUCCGUCCUUGCUAAUUCCCGAGUCGGUCUCAAAUCACAUCAAGC